GCGAGACAUUCGAGGAGUUCCGAUUGGGCACGACACUCGGGUCAUAAAGUAGUUUCAUGCUAGAAGUUCAGAAGCAACUUUGGCAUUAUCUAGGACGUUUUCUCUGCAUCUCCAGAGCCAACAUGUCGGUUGAUUAUAGCGUUCGAGGCUCCGUAGCUGUCUUAGAAGUGAACAACCCGCCUGUCAACGCUCUGGGCCACUCUGUCAGACAUGGUCUGAAGUCGGGCGUGGAGCAAGCAGCCAGGGACAACAAAGUGAAGUCGAUAGUUAUCAUUGGUAAAGGCCAGACUUUUCCUGCAGGUGCAGACAUUCGAGAGUUUGGGAAAGCUAGUAAAGACCCCUGGUUGGUAGAGGUAGGCCACACAAUAGAGGCCUCCCUAAAACCUGUGGUAGCAGCCAUCCACGGAACCUGUCUAGGUGGUGGUCUAGAGAUCGCACUCUUCUCACACUUCCGUAUAGCUGUUCCAUCUUCCAGAGUUGGAUUUCCAGAAGUGGCUCUAGGACUUUUACCAGGUGCUGGGGGCACGCAACGGUUGUCAAGACUGACCGGACUACAGGUUGCUAUGGAGAUGAUUUAUUCAGGUCGUCAUGUUGCCAGUAAAAAAGCCAAGGAAUAUGGCAUUAUUGAUGAGAUUGUGACAGGAGACUUGAUGACAGCAGCAUUAAAGUAUGCUGAAAGUGUUCAAGGUCGCACCUUGAAUGAGAGACGCCUGGGACACAAGGCUGUACCUAAUACCGACUCUGUAGAGAAGUACACCUCAGCGGCAAUGGCCCAAGUGAAGAAAAAGUACAAAGGUUUUGAAGCCCCUGUGGCAUGUGUCCAGGCAGUAAGGGCAUCAGCAGAACUUCCCUAUUUGGAAGGUAUGGAGCGAGAGAGAGAACUGUUUAAUCAUCUGAAGGCAUCAGGACAAGCCUGGGCCCAGCAGUACGCUUUUUUUGCUGAGAGAGCCGUGUCCAGGUGGGAGAUGCCCAGAGGCAGCUAUAAAACAGCUAAGCCUCUCCCAGUAAGGAGUACUGCUGUGGUGGGAGCCGGAACCAUGGGGUCAGGGAUAGCAGUCUGUCUGCUUAGUGCAGGACUUCCAGUGUACCUCCUAGAACAGAAUGACAAGUUUCUUCAAAGUGGAGUGAAAAUGAUUGAAAACAUAAUGGCUGGUUCUGUGAAGCUUGGAAAGGUUUCCAUGGAAACAGCAAAAAAGGCUGCUACUCUAUUGAAACCCACACUGAAUUACAAUGACCUCAAGGAUGUAGACUUGGUUAUAGAAGCAGUGUAUGAGGAUUUAGCUCUUAAGAGGGAAGUGUUCUCGGGGCUGGACAAAGUAUGUAAGCCAUCAGUCAUACUGUGUACCAACACAUCCACUAUUGACAUCGACAGGAUAUCAACAGCCACGUCACGACCUGAUAGGGUUGUGGGGACCCAUUUCUUUGCACCAGCCUAUCACAUGAGGUUGCUGGAAAACAUAUAUGGGACCAAAACUUCGCCAGAGGCUGUGGCUACAGUUAUGAAACUGGGGAAAACUAUUAACAAGGUUGCAGUGUUGGUGAAGAGUUGUGAAGGGUUCUUGGCCAACAGAAUGAAUGGUCCCUUCAAUACAGAAGCCACUUUCUUGGUGGAGGAGGGAGCCAGCCCUCAGGAAGUGGACCAGAUAAAUGAGGAUUUUGGAAUGCCAAUAGGACCCUUCAAAGUGCGGGACCUGUCAGGGACUGACAUCAGCUGGCGAAUUAACAGAGAGGUUGCCAAAGCACUGGGAACCACCAUCACCAAGGAAACAAGAUUUCUUGGUGGUAACAGAUACUGUGGGCUGAAUGAUGACUUCUUUGACAAAGGGAGAUAUGGAAGAAAAACAGGUAAAGGUUGGUAUUUGUAUGAAAAAGUUGGAGGGAAAAUUCCAACAGUGGAUGCCGAGUCUGAGGAAAUCAUAAACAACUAUAGACAGAGAAGGCAGAUCAGUAAAAGGAAAAUCACACCACAGGAAAUUCUAGAACGACAGUUUUAUUCUUGUAUUAAUGAGGGCUUUCGGAUCUUGGAGGAAGGUAUAUGUAAUACACCAGAAGAAAUUGACAUUUCAUGGAUCUAUGGCUUCAGCUACCCAAAAUACCGAGGAGGACCAAUGUUUUAUGCCAGCCAGAUUGGACUCAAAAGAAUCUACGAAAGAAUUUGUCACUAUCAUGAAACAUGUCCUUACAGCAUUCACUGGGUUCCGAGUCGUCUCCUGAAGAAACUGGCAGAAAAUGAUGUCCCUUUCUCACAGUGGUCCAACCAUGUCGCCAAGAGCAAAAGCAAGAUGUGAAUAGCAUAUAAAAGUAAACAUUAGAAAAACAAUCAAAGAAUAGAGGAGAGAGAGAGAGAGAGAGAGAGAGAGAGAGAGAGAGAGGCCAUAUUGAAGUAUUUUUAUGUUAGGUGUUCUAAUCAUGGUGCCAUUAGAUUGAGAGGAAAAAACUUUUUAACUAAUAAGUACUUGUGCAUGUACAUUUACAUACAGGUGACUCGAGAUGGCUCAAACUUCAAUCCCUUAAAGUGAUAUCACAGUCCCAAUGUUUUUAUGUGUUUUUAUCACAGAAAUUUCUCAACCACAAUUUGUCCAAACGAUGUUCUCAGUUCAUGUUACAUCAGCAAAUAUGUGUGUAUACCAUUCUAGUCAAACAUUGAUGUUGAAUCACCAUACAAAAGUUGGUAUUUAAGUUAAAGGCGAAUUAUAAGAAUAUAUAUUGUACACCGGAGAAUGACUAAUUUAAGAUUAUAGUCCUAAAAAUGUUUGUUAAGUUAGAGAGAAUUAAUAAAUAUAGGAAUACAUGUAUAUAUAUUGUACACCAGAAUGACUAAUUUAUUAAGAUUAGUCCUAAAAAUAAUUAUAAGCAGGUGAUAUGAAUUGUGCAAUUAUAAUUGAUAUGUUUAAUACUUACUGUGUAUGUAUACUAUAUAUGUUGAUCGGUGAUUAUUUUUUUUCAGUUAUAUAAUUUAUUGUUGGACUUUGUGAUUAUAACACAAUGAUUUUUUAAAAUAAAAGUUUCUGAAACAUCCA